GUGAGGCCUGGGGAGAAGAGGGGGUCUUUCCGCCGUGUUGCUGUCGCCGCUGCCGGGGGGGGGGCGGGGGGGUCUCCGGGCGCCGCGAGGAUUGCGACCGCCGCCAUGCCGGCCCUGCUGGAGCGCCCGAAGCUGAGCUCGGCCAUGGCCCGCGCCCUCCACCGGCACGUCAUGGUGGAGAGGGAGAGGAAGCGGCAGGGGAGGGGAGCAGGCGCUGCCCCACUUGGUAGCAGCCCCUCCCUCUGUCCUGCAGAAGAAGAAGAGGUAGACAAGAUGAUGGAGCAGAAGAUGAAGGAGGAGCAGGAGCGGAGGAGGAAGAAGGAGAUGGAGGAGCGCAUGUCCCUGGAGGAGACCAAGGAGCAGAUCCAGAAGCUGCAGGAGAAACUCCAAGCGUUGCAGGAGGAGAAGCAUCAACUCUUCCUCCAACUCAAGAAAGUCCUGCACGAAGAGGAGAAACGCCGUCGCAAGGAACAAAGUGAUAUGACCACCUUGGCGGCGGCUGCCUACCAGCAGGGGAUGGCUGUGCACGCUGGGACCCAUAUCCUCAACAUGCAAGGGAGUCCGGGCGGGCACAACAGGGCUGCCACCCUUAUCCCAGCUGACCGGGCCAAGCAGAUGUUCGGGCCGCCGGUGAUCACGACACGACAUUUUGCUACCCAGCCAGCUUUCCCGGCCGGCACCCCAGAACACGGGCAAUACCAGGGCAGCCAAACUGGGCACAGCCCCUACGCCGUAGGGCAGGGCCAGCACACGGUGCCCGUCAGCUACGCCAGCAGCCAGUCCAUCCGAGGCCCGUCGGCUUUCUCCACGAUGCAGUAUUUGCCCCAGCAACAACCUGGUUAUGCCAUCCACGGUCACUUCCCUGCUGCCCAGGCGGGUUUCAUCCCGCCGAGCACCACGAUCCCUCUCCAGAAGCAGCUGGAACACGCCAAUCAGCAGUCCGGAUUUUCCGAUUCGUCGACCCUUCGUCCGAUGCACCCCCAGGCCCUUCAUCCGAACCCGGGACUCCUACAAGCCUCGCAGCUCCCCGUCCAGAUGCAGACCACCGCCAAGCCGACUUUGGCCUACACUCACACGGCCCGGCCUGCCUCUCCAGGGAGCUUCCCACAGCAGCCUCACACGUCUGGCUUCCAGGCUUCUCCCCAGACCGCACCCCGACACCCGUUCAUACAACACCCGCAAGGUCAGCGUUUCUACCACAAGUGAGCCUGGCGGAUCCCCGCCCCCAAAUUGGCGGCUUCGGCGUCCUUCCCCAAUCCCCCGUGCCCGGCAUGAAGACGGAAGGUCCUUUUCGUUUCCUUCCUGCCGUCCUCCAGACAUGUCGUGAAUUUUUGCAAAAAGGGCGGUCUCAAAAACCCAUUCUGCGGCUUUUCGUUUUCAAGGAGGGUGAGCGUGGCGUGGUUUGCGCCAACCUCCCAUUUAGCCAGGAUGGUGGGAGUGGGGGGUUUUUUUUGGGGUGGGGAGGGGGAGGGUGGUGUCGUGCGUGCAAAUUAUGCCGCAGCAAAUGAAGCGAAAGCAGGUGUGCAAUCGGGCAUAAUGGCAUGGCAUCAAAUUUUCCUUCGAGAUCUUGGCAUCUUGGGUGCUAAAAAGAAAAACCGAAUUGGACACUUUUCCUGCCAUGGAUGGGAUGAGCGGGAUUACGUGGGAUCCACUCAGGAGUUCAAAUUUCUCUUUUCUCGUCGAAUUUCUGGCUCUGCUGGCAAUUCCUCCACAGAACCACCCAGCAAUUCUCGACUUCGGACUCUUUAAAAAUGGGCGGACUUCAACUCCCAGAAUCCCCCAGCCAGCAGAUCAGUUUCCCAUUUAAUUGUCGUGCCAUCUAUCCCACCUUCUAACCCGCUUAUUAAUUUAGCUUGUCGUGGGUUUUUCUUUCUUUUCACUUCGCUGAAGUCCAGAUAUAUUAUUACUGCAUUCCCACCAUCUAUUCAGAAAGUUUAUUUUUUUUAAAAAAAAAAAUUCAAAGUAGUCUAGACACGUUUGUUGUUAAAUCUUUGCUGGCUGGGGAAUUCUGGGAGCUGAAGUCCACCCAUCUUCAAGGGGACGUGAUUGAGAAACAAGACAUUUUCUUCAUGUACUUGAAGAAUUCUAUCCUAAGCCCACUGGGUUAGAUCUUCUUCAGAUUAAACAUUCUCCGUACUUAAUAUAUUAUCCUAAGGUUCUAGUCCUCAGAAUAUCUUCACUGCUCCUCUGUGAGCUUGUUCCGUUAUGUCUUAAGUUGUUUUUAAAAGGUUGUGCCUGGAACUCAACACAAGGUGGUGUAACCAAGCCUGAAUAAAGUGGAAUAUUACGGUA